CCCGAGAGUCUAUCUCAAACGUGGGGCUAGACCAUUUUGCCGCCUUAAUAAGGGGGGGAGAGAAGAGGUUAAAAAACUAGGGCCUAACCCCGGUGUUGAAUAAGUUGCAACCGGCGGAGGAUCGUUCCCUUUGCUUGGAAAGAACCCGGGAGUCGUGUGAACGCGGCUUCUUUUGCCUGGUGCAAGGAGAAAAGAGGCAUUCGGGAGAACCCAGCGAGUCUCCGGGCUUUUGGCGUGUUGGAAAGAGGCCGGAACGGGCGAGAGGAAUUUCCUUCUUGCUUCCCUCUGAGGGUUAUAUCCAGAGAGUCCCAAUUCUUAGAGAAGUCUCUAGGAGAUGAGGAUGUGAGUGGGAGAAGCCCCAGAGAGGUUUCGGCCAAAUCGACACCCUUCUCAUCGUUCUGGGGCGCUCCCCCUUGGAAGGGUUUCACCCAGGAGUCCGUGGGCUGCCCGUAAGACCGCCAACCCGAAGAAAGAUGGUAUUUGAGUGUUGGUCAGGCUGAGCCCAGCUUCUUCGCUUGCACCCUCUUAAGUGGAUAAAGCCCCAGGACGUAACGCUGGAGGGACCCAGGGAAGAAUCCUGCCAUACACAUGGCAAGUAGCUGCUCGGUACCCAACUGCAAGAACCGGCGCUGGCGAGGCAGUCGCGUCACCUUUCACAGGUUUCCCCUCACAAAGGAAGACCAGUUAAAGAAAUGGCUCGCAAACAUCGGGAGGCCGAACUUCACUCCAUCGUACAAUGACGUCGUAUGCUCGGAGCAUUUCAGAAAAAUAGAUUUUUGGGGGAAUGUGGCCUCCGGGAGAAGGGAUCUAAAGCCCAGAGCGGUCCCCACCAUUUUUAGGAUGUCCGGCCGACCGAAACGGGGUGCUAAAAAGGGAAAUGCUAAAAAAAGACAGAGCCUCGUCAGGCAUAAGACGCCGGAUCCCAAACCAAGCAGCCCCCCGGAGAUCAGAAGCAGUGACAUGGAAGCGCCUUCUUCCACGAGCGACAUCAUAACCCUGGAACAUUCUUAUUCCACUUCCACCAUCCCAGCUUCUGCCCUGGACCUCCGAGUAACUUCUGUGCAGGACCAGAGCGCCAUAGUCACAGAGUCAAGGAAAAGCCUUCGUCUGUUUCUGGCUAGGGCCCAGCGAGAAAAUGCGCAAGGAAGAAAACACGACGACCCCGAGGAAGACACAAACAGCUCUGAGGUUCAGCGUCAGCAUUUCCGGGAAUUUCGCUACCAGGAGGUCGAAGGGCCCCACGAGGUCUGCAGCCGACUCUGGGACCUUUGUCAGCAGUGGCUCAGGCCGGGCAAGCACACCAAGAUGCAGAUGCUGGAGCUGGUGAUCCUGGAGCAGUUUCUGGCCAUCCUGCCCCAGGAGAUGCAGGGCUACGUCAAGGAAGGGGGGCCGGCAACCUGUGAGGAUGCCGUGGCCCUGGCAGAAGAUUUCCUAAAGAGACAGCGGAUGGAAGAGGAAGCCGUGGUUGAUUAUUCCACCGACAGAGUGAAAGCCUCAAACAUGAGGAUCUCUGAGAAAAUGGAUGGAAAUGCCACCCCAGUGGAAGAUGGGGCCGUGAAAGAGGGCCAGACGGUAGAGGCUCAAAAGGAAAGUCGCGUGUUGUUGGAAGAAGCAGUGUCUCUGGAAAGCAUCUCCUCUGUGGUCGAGGUUGCUGAAACAGAGAAUGACCAGAUACAGAAGGACAGAGACGAAAACGGUCAGCUGGAAAGACCUGAGGAGGUAGAUGUUGGUGGAAUGUCCCUGGAAGAGGCUGAAGCUGAUGGUUCCCAAAAUCUGAACCUUACUCUCCCUGAAGGAUCGCCCGUCGAAGAGAAGCCCUAUGGGUGCUCGAAAUGUGGGGAGAGCUUCAGUGAUAAAUCGCUCCUUCUCGAACACAGGCGGUCUCACCCGGGAGACAAGCGAUACGAAUGCACGAAAUGUGAGAAAAAGUUCAACAAGAAAGAACGGCUUACAGAGCAUGAGAAAACUCACACGGGAGACAAGCCUCAUCAGUGUCCUGACUGUGGAAAAAGCUUCACCCAUGAGAUGUCCCUUGUGACUCACCGGAGGAUACACACUGGCGAGAAACCCUAUAAAUGCCUUGAGUGUGGGAAAAGCUACCCAUGGAAAACAUCCUUGGCUAUCCACCAGAAGAUCCACGCAGGAGAGACUUACUCCUGCCCUUUGUGUGAGAAAACCUUCAACCAAAAAUCCUUACUUAGGAUACACAAGAGAAUCCACACAGCUGAGAAGCUGUACAAGUGCUCGGAUUGUGACCAGAGCUUUACUCUUGAGAAGUAUCUGAAUGCGCACAGGGUGAGGGCUCACACCCGAGAGAGGCCCUAUGCUUGCUCGCAGUGCAGCAAAACGUUCAUUUUCAAAUAUUCCCUCGUGGAGCACGAGAGGAUGCACACCGACGAGCGGCCGUACGAGUGCCCAGAAUGCGGCAAGCGCUACAAUGGGAAAGCGGCGCUCGUUGUCCACCAAAACACCCACGGGGGAAAGAAGUCGUUCCUGUGCCCUGAAUGUGGCAAGAGUUUCAAAACAAAAUGUGCCUUGACCGGUCAUGAAAAGCGCCAUCGGGGAGAGAAGCCCCACAAAUGCUCCCACUGCGACAAAAGCUUCUAUUGGAAACAUCGCCUGGCUUUGCAUGAGAGGAUCCAUACGGGGGAGAGGCCUUACCAGUGCCCGGAGUGUGGGAAAAGCUUCCGGUACAGGAACAACCUGACCAAGCACAAGAAAAGUGCUCACGAAACAGCCGUCAUUGCUCGAGAGAGGAUCUAUCAGUGCUCAAUCUGUGGCAAAAGCUUCCGGUGGAGACGAAGCUUUUUGUUGCACGAAAGAGCCCACAAAGGAGAAAAACCCUAUCAAUGCCCUGAAUGCGGGAAAAGCUUCAUGAGCCGAGUGUCGCUUGUGGUCCAUAAGAGGCUCCACACGGGAGAGAGGCCCUUCCAGUGCCCGGAGUGCGGGAAGAGCUUCAUUAAAAAACAGGCCCUGAGUAAACACAAGAUCGUGCACACGGGGGAGAGGAGGUACUUGUGUACCGUGUGCGGGAGGAGAUUUGCGAAUAAAGGCAACCUGAUGAGGCACACGAAGAUCCACACCGGGGAGAAGCCGUACUCCUGUCCCAUCUGUGGGAAAAGUUUCAUUCAGAAAGUGUGUCUGGUUGCUCAUGAGCCCACGCACAGCAAAGAGAAGCCGUACGUCUGCCCCGAGUGCGGGAAGCGGUUCAAACGGAACGGCGGCUACCUUUUGCACCUGAGGAUGCACCGAGGAGAGAAGCCCAGGGAGUCCCCCAAGAAAAGUCUAAAUGGGGGAGAUCCCCUGGGUGCAGACCAAAGGGCCCCAGCCAAAGAGAGAUCUCACCUGUGCAUGGUCUGCGGCAAAACCUUCCACUCCAAAUGUCACCUCAUCAUGCACCAGAGGACUCACACGGGAGAAAAACCGUACCGUUGCACCGAGUGCGGGAAAUGCUUCAGCCAGCAGUCGUCCCUCAACACGCACCAGAGAGUACAUACAGGAGAGAAGCCCUCUUUAUGUAUGGUGUGCGGGAAAAGCUUCCACAAUAAGAGCAACCUGGCCAGGCACCAGAGGAUCCACACGGGGGAAAAGCCCUUCACCUGCCCCGAGUGCGGGAAAAGCUUCAACCAGAAGGCCUCCUUGGAAGCCCACAAGGCCACCCACAGCAAGGAGAACCCGUACACUUGCUCUGAUUGUGGGAAAACCUUCAAACUGAAGGUGUCCCUUCUCAUCCACCAGAGGACUCACACGGGGGAGAAGCCCUACGAGUGCUCGCAGUGCGAGAAAAAAUUCAUUAGGCGGUCCCAGCUCCGGCGACAUGAACGGACCCAUGCAGAUAUUCAAACAACCGAGACCACCCAGAUCAUUUUGCCAGUUUCCGACUUUGUUACGGAAGAAGUGGAAGUUACUGAGCUUUCUGUGGAAACAAUUAGCGCAACUGUGGUCAACGUAGAUGGCGAGUUAUUUCUUCUACAAACAUCUGCGUAGAUCCAGAGCAUCUGCACUGGGGAGUUAAGUUUGGGUGCCCUGAUGGUGAUAAUUUGUCAGCCUGAGAAUGAAGGCUCUUCAGAUUAUUCAUUUUAUUUGUUUCUGUAUAAUAUUCUUGGUAUAUACCAAUGUACAGCAAAGCACACUUUGUGAGCAGUGUAUGUUUCAUUUCUUUGUUUCAGAACUGGUAAACAAAUCCUUACAGAUGAUAGAUAAGCGUAUCGAUCAGCCUGUCCCCGUCAGAUGUUGACCAGAACAUCUGAUGGAUACUAAAUUAAGGAAGGCUGGUCUAGAUCAAUGCCAGAGAGAUUAGGGAGAAAUAUAAGUUCUUCAUCAUUAAAAUAAAUUUUGGCUGCCUGAAGUUGGACAGAACUUUGAAAAUGCUUUGGAAAGCAUUUCCUGUCAUCCCCUUACAAGCACAAGAGUGUUCUGGGAGAUAUUGCUAAAAAUCACCAAAAGGUGAUUUUCUAAGCUCUAAUUUUAUCCACAAUGAUCUUUCCACAAUAACCUUUCUUCUGGAGAGGGCAGCUGUGAGGAUAAAAGUCUGGGAUUGAGGAAGCGGUAUUCUGAGCUCCUGAAAAGAGCAAAAUAUUAAGUGUACUAUAUACAUAACUUGCCUUCUGUGUAGAAAAUGCCAGCCCUGAGAUGUCUCCUACAAAUAAGACUUUGGAACUUAUUGCAAUCGACUGUGCCGUGUUUUCGUAAAGGCUCUAGUAAAACAUCUUCCUUAUCCUGAAUGCGGACAGUCCCACUGAGAUAAUUCACGCAUUUAUUGCAGCUUUAUAGAUUCUCCAGGAACCAACUAAUGAAUUUAGACAAAGCUAAUACCAGGCCUGCCACCCACACAUUUUUUUCUGAUUUGAAUGAAUGCCUAAGCUCCAGUUUGAUGGAUUCUCCUCCCCCCCCGUUAGAUUUGCUUUGUGUUCAUGUUCUUUAACCCUAAAAGCUGUUCAGAGGCUUCGAAUUAUUUUUGUAUAUCGGUAAGAAACUAUUUUGGAUUUAUUAAAUAAAGUUACGCUAUCUGG